AUGGCGGACAGCGUGUACCGCACCCGCUCCCUGGGGGUGGCGGCCGAGGGGCUCCCGGACCAGUACGCCGACGGGGAGGCCGCGCGCGUGUGGCAGCUCUACAUCGGGGACACCCGCAGCCGCACGGCCGAGUACAAGGCCUGGCUGCUCGGGCUGCUGCGCCAGCACGGCUGCCGGCGGGUGCUGGACGUGGCCUGCGGCACCGGGGUGGACUCCAUCAUGCUGGUGGAGGAGGGCUUCAGCAUGACCAGCGUGGACGCCAGUGACAAGAUGCUCAAGUAUGCGCUCAAAGAGCGCUGGGACCGGCGCCACGAGCCUGCCUUCGACAAGUGGGUCAUCGAAGAAGCCAACUGGGUGACUCUCGACAAAGAUGUGCCCCAGCCGCCAGGGGGAGGCUUUGAUGCAGUCAUUUGCCUUGGGAACAGUUUUGCCCACUUGCCAGACUGCAAAGACCUCUCCGCCCCUGCCUGGAGCUCAGGGGACCAGAGCGAACACCGGUUGGCGCUGAAGAACAUCGCGAGCAUGGUGCGACCAGGGGGCCUGCUGGUCAUCGACCACCGCAACUACGACCACAUCCUCAGCACGGGCUGUGCGCCACCAGGGAAGAACAUCUACUAUAAGAGUGACCUGACCAAGGACAUCACGACGUCCGUGCUGACCGUCAACAACAAGGCCCACAUGGUGACCCUGGACUACACGGUGCAAGUGCCCGGGGCAGGCGAGGACGGGGCUGCUGGCCUGAGCAAGUUCCGGCUCUCCUACUACCCGCACUGCCUGACGUCCUUCACGGAGUUGCUUCGGGAAGCCUUUGGGGGCAAGUGCCAGCACAGCGUCCUGGGGGACUUCAAGCCUUACAAGCCAGGCCAGGCCACCGUUCCCUGCUACUUCAUCCAUGUGCUCAAGAGGACAGACUGAGGGCAGCGCAGCUUCCAGGCCGCUGCCCAGGUGCUGCUGGGUUGGCCGCAGAUGCGGGCACCCACCAGCUCUGCGGAUACUGGGGAGUGAGGAGGGGCCGACUGCAGCUGCGGGCAGCGGUCUGGCUUCAGGCUGUUGGAAAGCUGACACAAUAGAGUCUGUGCCUUUUCGGCCCCAUGGCCA